AUGGCUGACUCUUCACCCCGCGCUUCUCCUGCUCCUGAGCACCAGGAAACAAGCAACGGUCCCUGUCAGCAUACUACUCCUCCAGUUGCAAAUCAUACAUGCCACCAUCCAUAUCAUUCCCAGUACUCAGAGAGUAAUCUACCUCCUCUUCUUUUUCGCAUGGACCAACCUCUGAAUACGCAGCUCGGGGUUCUCAGCAACCUCAUAGAGAACGGGCAAGAGGUCACAGACCACGAAGGCUCUGCCAUCCGUGACUUCCCAUUCCUUCCACGAUAUAUCUCCUCCCAACCACCAACAUGGCUUCUGGAAUACUGGAUGAGAACGGACUACCGGCUGACAUACCGCGACAUUAAAGCGCGCAUGACUACUCCCGAGGAUCAGAAACCCACGGAGAAUGCACUGAACAUGCGUCGGGAGCGUGAGGUGAGAGCUCCGCUGAGUCUAUCCUGCUGGACUGCGCGUCGAGGCCGGGCGAACAGAAUCUCUCGAAUUGAUAUAGAACGGGUGGAAUUCUGGACCAUUGACCAGGUCAAAUUCAAUACAACAAUGGAAAUUGAAUACAGACAGACAGAGACUGAGCUCUAUCCUGUCCCUUUUCGUCUGCGUGCAAAGUCUCUUGCCUCCGCUCCUGUCGCCACGGUCUACUAUCCACUCGACACCUUCCUUGAAGGCGAUGGUUCCCAUGCUCCUAGUAGCCGGAUUACAGUCGCUCUUGACAUUUUCUAUGAGCUAUCUGAAAGAGCGUUGGCUAGAGGUAUGGAUUCCUGGAGACAACUGCCGGCCCAUGAUAUCCCGGUGAGUUGGAAACCCUACUCUGAUACCGGGCGGCCGUCCGCCCAAGCUGGAGUCAUUGUAGAUCUCGAGGAAGAGGAUGUCUCUUUGGAUGAUGCAUCCUCUGAUCAAGCUGAUGAGUCCGAGGUUCAUAGUUAA